AAGACGUACCACAUUAGAUCAACAACCUCAGCUUAUAGCUAAAGCGUGCACAAUUUUCAAGGAUUUCAGGUGAAGAAGACAAAUUGUGUGGGACGUCGACGUGCGUAUCCUCACAUGCACAUCUGUGUAGCGGAAUACUUUCACUAGAGUUUUUAUUUUUAAGUGCUUAAACCGGUUUUGAUAUGGUUUUCUAACCAUACGUUGAGCUAAAGUAGCUUAUGUCAGCUGUUAAGGCAAGGUGUCUAUGACUGACUCGUAGCGUCAGCUGAUGUACAAUGUUGGUCUAUUACAUCUGUGACUCGUCAGAGCUCAAUUCCAGGGAUCCGCAUACAUGCCAGAUGGCCGUAUACUUGUAACAGCGGGAUUAUAUCAUUUUUAUUUUUGUAUUAGUAAUGAAGGAGCUUUUGAGGACGAUACACAGCGUCAUUUUAAAGAUCGCUCUGUUUCCAAGCAGCCUUGGCAGGACAGGUCCGCGACCUGCGGCCUCAGAGGUGUUAACCUGCCACCUGCUGCAGCGCAAACUCCCGCCAUGGACUUCAUUCUGUGUCCGCUACAGCUCCGUCCACAAUGACCAGUUUGGACUGUCCAACUUUAACUGGACCGUUCAGGGAUCCAACUACCAAAUACUGCGAACAGGCUGCUUCCCGUUUGUGAAAUAUCACUGCACAAAAGCACCACCACAGAACCUGGACUUUGAAGACAGAUUUUUCACCAUGUUAAAAGUUAUUAAUCUUGGUAUCCCUUGUUUGGCAUAUGGCUUUGGAUGCUGGCUGGUGGUAGGCGCUGCAGAGACAGUACAGACAAGUGUUGGACCUGUAACGGUCUAUUUUGCCUACAAAGAAGAAGAAGGUGCACAGUACUAAAAGGAGAAAAGUACUACUUUAAAUAUGAAAGGAUAUCAUCUUUCAAGCUGCUGCAUUUACAUUAUUCAGAGUAAUGUUCUGUUGGAAACACUGACAAAAAUGUGCCAUCCCAUGUCACUGGUGUCAUUGUGUUAUCGCAGAGUUAAUGUGUGUUAAUUUAAUAAAUACUUAAAGUUGAA